UUCAGUUGGCAACUGGAGGAGCAAGACUGUGCAGCCUUCCAAGCUUCCUUUGUGCUACAGUUGGAGCUGUUCAUUAGUCGCGGAUGAGUUUAAGUUGGGAAAAGAAAAGACACAGGGGUGGGGGGUGGUAAACUUUGCCUAGAUUCCUCUGCAGGAAGUUGGCCUUUUUAGCUAGGGGAAGGAGAAAUGGUACAGCGUGAAGGCAUGGGGUAACUUAAUGGAAUGUGAAACAAAGUUCCUUUGCUACAGAUGUUGCAAACGCUAAGUCAGUGUCAGUAUUUCACUGAGCAUUUUGGUUUUUCCCCUACUUCUGAAGCAGAAGGGGAGAACAUUCCUUGGUGUGCAGUGGUUGAGCCGCUGAGAACACUGCUUCAUUCCAUCCCAGUUUUCCUUCUAGCUAGGGCAGCCUCGCACAAAAUGCAUAUUGUUUUAAACCUUCAGAGGUCUUGGGGCUGUUAAAUAUUUGUGCGGUAUAGUUGUGGACCACGGCGAAGACCUCUCUUAGGUCCUCAGCUGAGCUGCCUGCAGUACAGGAAACAUGUUAAGGCUUAAAUCUGGGCUCUCCGUGGAGCACUGUAAGCGGGCUGCGAACAGCACAUUUGCAUUGUAACGCUGCAACUUACUGCUGGCAGAGAAGGCAAAAUCCUUUCACUAAAUAAGAAGAAGCCAAGGAUUAGGACUGAAUAUCCUUUCAUCCUCCCUGGAGUUAUGCUCUCCUUCUGUGAGUUCCAUCCCGCGGCAUCGUCGAAGGGCAUCUAUCUGAUACUAAAAGGUGGUACAUGCCAGAGCCCUGCUCUCCCAGCCCUGGUCCGUCCACCAGCCCCUCCUUUGCAACCGUCGCUGGAUAUUAAACCAUUUCUUCCCUUUCCUCUUGACACUGCAGCAGCGGUCAACCUCUUCCCCAAUUUUAAUGCGAUGGACCCGAUUCAGAAAGCUGUAAUAAAUCAUACAUUCGGGGUUCCUCUUCCUCAUCGAAGAAAACAAAUCAUAUCGUGCAACAUUUGCCAGUUGAGAUUUAAUUCCGAUAGCCAGGCUGCGGCCCACUACAAAGGCACGAAACAUGCCAAGAAGCUCAAAGCACUGGAAGCCAUGAAAAAUAAGCAGAAAUCUGUAACUGCCAAGGACAGCGUAAAGACCGCCUUCACCUCCAUCACUACCAAUGCCAUCACUACCAGCUCUGACAAAACAGACAGUACCACGGGGACACCAGCAAUAUCAACGACGGCAACUGUGGAAAUUCGCAAAAACAGUGUUAUGACAACUGAGAUCACCUCAAAAGCAGAAAAAAGCCCCACGUUAGCCACUGGCAAUAGUUCCUGUUCUUCCACGGAGACGGAGGAAGAAAAGGCAAAACGGCUUCUUUACUGUUCGCUCUGCAAGGUUGCUGUCAACUCGACCUCACAGCUGGAAGCGCACAACAGUGGUACUAAGCACAAAACCAUGCUAGAAGCUCGGAAUGGAAGCGGGACUAUCAAAGCCUUUCCUAGGGCAGGUGUGAAAGGCAAAGGACCAGUUAACAAGGGAAAUACAGGCCUGCAAAACAAAACGUUUCACUGUGAAAUCUGUGAUGUGCACGUCAACUCGGAAACACAGCUUAAACAGCACAUUAGCAGUAGAAGGCACAAAGACAGAGCUGCCGGGAAGCCCCCGAAACCUAAAUACAGCCCCUACAACAAGCUUCAGAAGGCAGCCCAUCCACUGGGGGUGAAAUUAGUUUUUUCGAAGGAACCUUCAAAGCCAUUGGCGCCGCGCAUCCUGCCGAGCCCGCUGGCCGCGGCGGCCGCCGCCGCCGCCGCCGUGGCCGUGAACUCGCCGUUCAGCCUGCGCGCUGCGCCGACCACGCUGUUCCAGACCUCCGCGCUCCCGCCCGCGCUCCUGCGCCCGGCCCCGGGGCCCAUUAGGACCGCCCACACUCCUGUGCUGUUCGCUCCCUACUGAAUUCCACGUCGGAGCAACCGUACUGCAAUAAUUUUUCAAAAAAGAAAAAACAAAAAAACACAGAAUUCAGCAAAAGAGAACUAUGCAGUGUUUUAUUUAUGAAGUAUAUCCGAAGAGUCAGGACUUUUGAUAGUGAAUUGAAAAGAUUAUUAAAAAAAAAAAAAGGAGGGAGGUUAGGGGAUGGGCGGGGGAGGGGUGGUAUUUUCUCCAAAUUCCAACAUUCCUCUCGAGCGUUGAUUGUUUUAGAAGUGAUCUCCAGCAUCGACUUGUAGCGGCACCUAGAACUUCUGGCGCCUUCGUGACUGUGCUUCUGGGCACCUGUUUCCCCUUCCAUUCUCUUUCCUGCUUUAUGAAACAACAUUGUCUAAGGGCAUUAACUGGUUCCGAUGUACAUACGAUAAUUUACUCUGUAGAUUAAAAUCAUGCGAAAAAAACAAAAAACAAAAAAAGCAAAGCAACACUGUGAAUAGCAGUACCCGUGCUGGUCCUCUUCCUGUGACAACAGUUACUGGGUAUUUAUUUAUCCCAACAAAAGUAGAUACAGUAGACGUCUUGUUCAAUUAUAGUGCUGUG